ACGGCGAUAGCGAUGUCGGUGGUCUAGGUCUCGGCUCAACUGGAUGAGGAGGGAGAUAAAACCCACCAGCACCAUGGCUUUAUCGAUAACGGGGGGUACGCAAUGUGGGCGAAAUUGUCAUCACCGCGAGGUCUCUUGCUUCACCACAAAUUCCGAGCCACCUUCUUGCAGCGUUCCACAAUGCAUAUCCUCAUCACCAACGACGACGGCCCGCCCUCGGAUCAAUCCUCACCAUACGUGCACUCUCUAGUAUCAUCCCUCCAAUCAGCCGGCCACACCGUCUCCGUCGUCCUCCCACACACCCAACGCUCCUGGAUCGGCAAAGCGCACCUCGUCGGAAAAUCCGUCAAACCAUCCUACUUCCGACCGUCCCCUCUAACCACCCAAAACGGGCGCCUCUCCAACAGCGGUACCAUCUCCACGCGUCCACUUCCCGAAGACUCUCUCGACGAAGAAUGGAUCCUCGUGGACAGUACCCCCGCGUCCUGCGUCCAGAUCGGCCUGUUCCACCCGUUCAAAGCGCGCGGUCCUAUCGAUCUCGUCGUCAGCGGGCCGAACUACGGUCGUAACAGCACCGCAGUGUUUAGUCUUAGUAGCGGGACAAUAGGCGGCGCGAUGGAAGCCGCAGUGUGUGGUGUUAAAGCUAUAGCACUGUCAUACGCCUUCUUCGACCGUAACCAUGAUCCCGAAAUAAUCCAAGGCGCGUCCGCUCUCUCUGUAAAACUAAUCAACCAUCUGUACAAGCACUGGGACGAGAACACGCAUCUGUAUUCCGUCAACGUGCCGCUAGUCGAAAACGUCGAGAGCCAGAAGAUCCUGUAUACCGAGAUGCUGCAGAACACUUGGCGAUCUGGCUCGUGUUUUCAGGUGAUCCAGGUGCCUGAGGAAGAAGACCAAGGUGCUGAAGAAGUUGAGGCUGCUAUGCGGAAAGCGGAGCAGAAGCUUGGGCGGAAAGAGCAGGGACGGGAAGGGACUGAAAGUGGGUAUGAUACUCCGACUGGACAAGGGCAUAUUAGAUACACACACACCCACUACAAGUGGGCGCCAAGGUUCAAGGAUGUCUAUCAAAGCGUCGAGGAGAGCGAGCCGGGGAAUGAUGGGUGGGCUGUUGCUCAAGGGUAUACCAGUGUGACGCCGUUGCGGGCAAAUUUCAUGCAUGCCCACGGUUUCGAAGGGGAGAUUAAGCUGGACGACUGAUGCGAGGAUCUGACAAAGUGUAGAGAAUAUCAAAA